AUGAAUUCCUCAUUUCACCUGCAUUUCUUGGAUCUCAACCUGAAUGCCACAGAGGGCAACCUUUCAGGACCCAAUGUCAAAAACAAGUCUUCACCAUGUGAAGACAUGGGCAUUGCUGUGGAGGUGUUUCUCACUCUGGGUGUCAUCAGCCUCUUGGAGAACAUCUUGGUCAUAGGGGCCAUAGUGAAGAACAAAAACCUGCACUCCCCCAUGUACUUCUUCGUGUGCAGCCUGGCAGUGGCCGACAUGCUGGUGAGCAUGUCCAGUGCCUGGGAGACCAUCACCAUCUACCUACUCAACAACAAGCACCUAGUGAUAGCAGACGCCUUUGUGCGCCACAUUGACAAUGUGUUUGACUCCAUGAUCUGCAUUUCCGUGGUGGCAUCCAUGUGCAGCUUGCUGGCCAUUGCAGUGGAUAGGUACGUCACCAUCUUCUAAGCCCUGCGCUACCACCACAUCAUGACGGUGAGGCGCUCAGGGGCCAUCAUCGCCGGCAUCUGGGCUUUCUGCACGGGCUGUGGCAUUGUCUUCAUCCUGUACUCAGAAUCCACCUACGUCAUCCUGUGCCUCAUCUCCAUGUUCUUCGCUAUGCUGUUCCUCCUGGUGUCUCUGUACAUACACAUGUUCCUCCUGGCGCGGACUCACGUCAAGCGGAUCGCGGCUCUGCCCAGGGCCAGCUCUGCCCGGCAGAGGACCAGCAUGCAGGGCGCGGUCACCGUCACCAUGCUGCUGGGCGUGUUUACCGUGUGCUGGGCCCCAUUCUUCCUUCAUCUCACUUUAAUGCUUUCUUGCCCUCAGAACCUCUACUGCUCUUGCUUCAUGUCUCACUUCAAUAUGUAUCUCAUACUCAUCAUGUGUAAUUCCGUGAUGGACCCUCUCAUAUAUGCCUUCCGCAGCCAAGAGAUGCGGAAGACCUUUAAGGAGAUCAUUUGCUGCCGUGGUUUCAGGAUUGCCUGCAGCUUUCCCAGAAGGGAUUAA